AAUGGCAGCAGGGCACGUGUUUCUUCACACCUCAAGCCCAAAUGGCAUCACUGUCAGUCACAGAUAAAGAAAGGUUAAUGGGAUUUAGAAGUUCGGAGCGGCAAAAGUUUAGUCGAAAAGAACUAAAGUGUAUCCUUAACCCAUCAUAAAUGUCUCAAAAAGUCAUGUUUUUAUUUAUUUAUUCAUUUAAAACAUUCAAAAAGUGGAUUCUAAAUGCUUUAAUGACCACUUUAGACACCCAAAAUGUAUUUUGGAGAUGGGUUAAAAUGUAGGAAUUUGUGUGCGUAUUUUUCAAAUAUAAACUUAUGGACAUGUGUUUUUUAUUUUUAGAUUACAUUUUUUUUUAAUUCACACAGAGCCACAUUCGAAAUUGGGACCAUAUGGUCGUGGUUUGCUCAAGUGUGAAUUCUCACCUUAACACCGUGGCGCAUGGAAACACUUGCGGACGCGUAAAAGCGCAAUUUGGCACGGGCUGCCGGGCUCUGAUAAAAAGGGGCUUCCAGCUUCAGUCGGUCUCACAAACUUUACGAAGAGCUAAUCAGCGCAAGGAGCCAUGCAGAAGGACGCGGACAGCGGUGGAUUACAGCCCGGUCCAGCCGGGGAUCACUCCUCCAGCCGUCUGUGGAGACCGUGGAAGAAGGGAGAUGCGGUAGUGACGAACCGCGCGCGCCAUGAGGGGCCAACUGAUGCCAAACAGAAAACUCCUCAAGUCAGCCAUCCAGUUAAGUUGUUUUGGCCAAAAUCGCGAUGCUUCGAUUAUCUGUACCGGGAUGCGGAAAUUCUCCUGCGCAACUAUCCAGUUCAAGCCACCAUCUGCCCGUUUGAGGAGUCCAGCAGCGACGAGGAAGACGAGGAGGAGGAAGAGGAAGAGGAGAACUGAAGUUGAAGCUUUUGGGCCCAAAGUGGCCAUAUUUAUAUUUAUAAGUUAUUUAUGUAAAUAAAUGUACAGAGCAGUCCAUUCUACAAGCUGCACUGCCUAUAAGUUAUUCAGUUCACCACCUGUUUGUGCUUGGUUGAUUGACGCAAUAAAAUGCGUAAAAUGUG